AUGUCUCCUCACAUCACUGUCCUCCCAGCCUCAACCAAAGCUGGUCGAGAAACAAUCCGCGCUCUCUUAUCCUCUAACAGCAAACCUUCUGUUAGGGCUAUUUAUCGAGAUCCAGCCAAAGCACCACCUGAGUUCGUCCAGAAUUCAAACUUCGAAGCCGUCAAAGGUGACGUUGGAGAUGGUGAUAGCCUUGAUUUUACAGGCUCAAACGCCGUCUUUUACAUCCCACCUCCCAUUUUGGAUGGAACAAACCAGGCAGAAUGGGCAACUCGGACCGCUACCAACGUGAAGAAUGCUCUGAAGAAGGCAAACGUUGACAGACUUCUUAUCCUAUCCGCUAUUGGAUCCCAGAACUCUAGCGGUAUUGGUGUCUUGUGUCUGAACCAUAUUUCGGAUGAAAUCUUGAAAGAUGCUGUGCCAGAGGUCAUAAUUAUCAGACCAACUUAUUUCUUCGAAGACUUUGCCCCUCUUCUUGAUGUUGCAAAGGAAGAUAACCCUACCAUAUACUCAUGGAUUACACCCAUUGACUAUAAGUUUCCAAUGGUCGGACUCAAAGACAUAGCCUUAAGCUGCGUCAACUCCCUCCUCUCAUCACCCGCCAAGCCAAGCCCACAUUACUACAAGUUAUUCGGCCCACGAGCUUACGGUGCCAACGAUCUCAAAGAGGCAGUGGAAGAAAUUACAGGGAAGAAGGUUGAAUUAAAGCUUGUCGAAAAAGACCAGCUGCUCGAUUAUUGGAAGCAGAUUGUCCCGGAAGCUCAUGCUGAGGAGUUUAAGGAGAUGACAGUUGCUGGCUUGGGCGACGGGGUUAUUGGUAAGGAUAUCAAAUAUGAUGAGAACACUGUUGUGGGAGAGCAGGAAUUGGUUGACGCUUUGCGAGCUUUGUAUAAGAAGUGA